AUGUCUGGACCUCCACCAGUAGUACGGGCUAUUUACUCAAACACCGAGGUUUAUGAAUGUGAUAUGAAUGAUUCUCCCAUAAUGAGGAGAUGUAAAGACGAUUGGGUGAAUGCUACACAGAUUUUGAAAUGUUGCAAUUUUCCCAAGGCCAAACGAACAAAAAUCUUGGAAAAGGGGGUUCAACAAGGAUUACAUGAAAAAGUUCAAGGAGGAUUUGGGCGUUUUCAAGGAACUUGGAUACCUCUUGAAGAUGCUCGUAGACUAGCUUGUACAUAUGGAGUUACUAGGGAAUUGGCACCCGUUUUAUUUUUAGAUUUCAACGAUCCAAAUUUAGUCAUUCCAGUGAAAGCCAAACCACCACCAAAGGAAAAUACAAAUUUGGUCAAGAGGAAGUAUGUCAAGAAACCAAAACAACCAGGUGAUACACCAAAGAAGUACAAGACUGGGAAAAAAGCAGCUUUACAACAGGCGGCAGAGGAGGCAGCAGCAGCAGCAAAUGGAACCACAGCCGAUGGAGUAGAAGCAGCUGAAUUACUGAUGAAUGAAAUACCGCAAUCUGCUCAAACUUCAUUUGUCUCCCAAGAUACCAAUGGUGUUCUUUCGAGACAAAACUCUUAUGCUGUUGCUUCAAAUUCAUACCCACAAAUGUUCAAUAAUGGACAACAGGGAGUCAGUGCAAAACCAUUGCCACUCUCAGCUCCACAACAAUUUGACCACAUGGCAUUGACACCUCAUAGUGCAGGCAUAUCCUUCUCGCAACCAGAAUAUCAAGCUGUCAAUGGUAGUAGUAGUAGUAGUAAUAGUCUACCCAACUCACAACAACAGCAUGGAUAUCCAAAUCCACAAUUGACACUGCGGUUUCAACAAUUCCCCCCACAACAAUUUCCGCAGGUGUAUCCACCACCAAGUAGUAAUGUGAGACAAUUCCCAGUACCAGUACCAAUACCCAACCCAAUUCCACAACAAGUGUAUGCCGAACACAAAGUACUAUCAUCACAAUCGUCCAAUGAGUCAAACUGGUCAUUACACCAAGAUCAGAAAGAAAGCGAUACCUCAAUGAAUUCAAGUGUUGAGGAUAGAAAGCUGUACAACAAUGGAAACAAUGGUAUUCAAUUACCACCAGAUGAACCAACUCCUGGCGAUGACAAUAGUUAUGCGGCACAGCUCUUAAAAUUCUUCAGUGAAGAUAGUGCUGAUAUUCCAUAUUUUGUUCACUCACCACCAUCUGAUUUCAAUAUAAACGAACCUAUUGACGACGAAGGACAUACACCCUUACACUGGGCUGCAUCUAUUGGUAACUACGAAAUGAUUCAUAUUUUGAUGAGCAAAGGGGCCAAUCCAUUGAUUGUGAACAAUUUUGGUUUGAAUCCAUUAUCAAAACUAAUUUCAUUCAACAAUUGUUACGAAUUGAGAAAUUUCGACAAGGUUUUAACUGAUUUAGAAUUAUGUUUGAUCAAUACUGAUAUAAAUGGCAGGACACCACUACAUUAUCUAUGCCAAUAUGCCAAGGUGAAGUCGAAAUUUGAAAGUUUGCAAUUUUAUUUGAAUUCCAUUUUAAGUAAAUUGCAAUUCUUAACUGAUCAAAAUCAACUGAGGCUGGUUAAUUUGAUGAAGAAUGUACUAAACCAUCAAGAUGUACGAGGUGACACGUGUUUACAUAUUGCAAUCAAAUCUGGUUGUAUCAGUUUUGUUCAAACUUUGCUUAAAUAUGGAGCAAGAGAUGAUAUUGAAAAUAUUGAUCGAGAAACAGCAAGAGGUUUAAUUAUGCAAUAUAAUUUGAUACCAAACUAUGCCCAAAUUGGUGCGGCACAAGAAGCAUACCAAACACAAUUAUCAAUGGCUUACUAUGACACUAGGAAAAGCACGCGCAAUUUGCAAGAUUCACAAGCUGCUCUAGUUUCAGGAUUGGCAACCCCCAUCCAACCAAAUUUCCAUCGUGUUGAAACACCUGAUACUCAAAAGACUACAGUGCAAGAUGAUGAUGCAGAAGAAGAUGAUGAUCAUCGAAUGGCUAGAGUCGAUAGUAGACACCUUGAAGCAUUGAAUGAUGAUGAUAAGGAGAACAUUUUCAUUGAGAAACCUGGUGACAACAUUUCUUCGCCGGGCCACAGAAGCCAUGUCACUUCAGCUCAUCAACCACUAGCUGUUAUAUCUGAAAUUGAAGCUGCUGGAUCACCUUCAUCCAUGAUUGGUGCUCAACAUUUAACAAUGACUCAACAUUCGCCGCAGCCGCAGCCGCAGCCGCAGACGCGGACGCAGACGCAGCUACAGUCUACCAGAUCUACUCAUCAAACUAAUUAUGAAAAAUGCCACUAUACACUGCGUCGAGUAUUAAAGAAACCCAAUCCACCCAAAUUGGAUGCUGAUGGUAAACUCAUAAAGCAAGAAGGAAAUGACAAUCCUCCUCAUCUUCCAUUUGAAGAUUUAUCAACAAUGAUUUCGGGAAUGAUUGGGUCAUUAUCGAGCUCCUACAACGAAGAAUCAAGCCGAUUGGACAAAGAACUUGACUCAUUACGAUCAUCAAUUGCUGCAAAACAAAGUGAAGCCAACAAGAGUGUCAGCCAUAUCAAUAAUUUACUUCUCAGUUCAGGCAUUGAAGUGAAGAAUGAAGACGAAGUCAAUUCAAUUGAACAAGCACAAUCAGUCAUUAAUAAACAUAUCCUAUAUUGCCAGGAAAGUUUAUGUGAAAAUGAAUUGAAAAUUACUAAUAUCAUGCAACGCAAUCAAGCUUAUGAGUUGGCGUCAUUGGUGCAAGCGGAAGAACAAGCAAUCAUUGAUGCCAAACAGAGCAAUGGCGGUGACAACGACAAUGACAAUGAUGAUGACGACGAAGACGAUGAGGACCUUGUAAAUGAAGAAAAAUUCAACUUGUCUAUCGAACUAACCCAGUGUCAAUUGCAACGAAACUCACUUGUUUUGCAAAUCGCUCAAAGAACCAAGAUGUUUGGUAUUGAUGAUACAAUGUACAAGUAUCGCAAGUUGUUGAGUUUGAGUUGUGGUGUACGCGUUGAGGAUAUCGAUAGUUUGAUUGAUGGAAUUGCUGAAUCCUUGACUGGAGGUCAUUAA